UGAAGAUCAGGCAACCACGGAUUCUAGUGUCCUCUGAUGAUGAAGAAAAAGGCAAGAAGGCGCAAAGCGCCAUGAUUCAAGGGGAAACAAACGUACCAGAGGUGCGGCUGGGGAUGAUGAUGGUGUGAAACUGGACGACAUCAUGGCGCUACUCGCUCAUAGAGAAGAGCGAGGGAAUCGGGAGCGUGGAAUCCAAGGAGCAUUCGGAGAAGGAGAGCGCGAUCCUGACCAAUGAAACACACAAGGAUGAAGAAGAAUCCGACAGCGACGAAGAGAAGAAAUUAAAGCCGAAUAGGAAUGCCACAUGCCACGUGGGCAAGGAAGUCGGGAUUGUCGAAUACAUGAGGCAAAGGAUGGACCACUAUAUGGUGAUGACUGGGAAGAAGGUUAAGAGCCUAUGUCGAAAAAGGAACGUAAAGUGGGAAAGAAAAGACAAGAGCGCCUGGGAACUGGCAAAACAAGACACGGACGAGCUCACGAAGCUUAUGAAUGGCGACGACACCCUCGAAUCGGAUCCAGGAAAGGAUGAUGAAGAUGAAGAUGGGAAUAACGAUUCGGACAAGGAAGACGACGAUGUGACGGGGAACUGAAUGUCAUCCAGCGUAGCCUGAUGAGGCUACUGAGGAAAUUGAGCCUCGCAAAGAUCGACGCCCAAAGGGAACUGAGACACGAUCCGGAUGACACGUUCAACAUAGGCACGCUUGGGUUCAUUAGCUCGGGACGUACAUAUGUCAAGUAUUGGAGAAAUCUCCAUCAUGGCGAGUUAUUAAAUGAUAGUGCUAAGUCUUGUGUCUAUCUCCUAAUUUCCGCAUUCU